UUGGUGAAUAUGCCAUGAAUAUGUUUUGUUGUUGAAAGGUAAAACCAAUUUUAAAACAAAGAAAUAAAUUUGAAUACGUAAAUAAAUUGUUCUUUAGAUAUUUUGCAAUGAGUAAACAUACAGAAAUUAUUCUUGAUGCUAAAGAAACAAAAGUUCAAGAAAAUAUCGCAAAUUGGCAGUCGGCAAAUGAUCCUUUAGCACCUCUUUCCGAUGACCAAAUGGAUUUGAUAUAUGAAGUAAGUGAUUUGGUUGCAAAAUUGUAUGGUAAACGCAAUAAAAACAGAGAAAAUUCAGAUAAACUAAAAGAAGGAAGCCCUCCUCAAGUCAUAUAUAAAAUGCAAGACUACAUUCAGUGGUUGACUUCUGUGGAAAAUGAUGUAAAACAUGAUAAUCUAAAACAGUAUCAGAAAUAUUAUGAAUUUGUGUCUAAGUACCACGCUAACUGUAGGAAUUUAUUUUCUUGUUCCAACGACACAUUGGAAUCAUUAAAUGAUUUGAAGGAAAAGUAUCAAGAUGUAACUGAAAAAACAAAUUAUUUACACGACUUAAGUGAGCAACUCAUGGCACAUCAAAGAAUUUUAAAAGAGAAGAAAAACAGCCUUAAUAGUAAAUUAAAAUAUUUUACAUAUUUUAAUAAAUGUCAAGAAAAUAUAGAAAGACUAAACCAAAAGAUAAAUAGCCCAGAAUGUUUGGAAAUAUUGGACAAUAUAGAUGAAAGUAUAAGUUAUUUAAAUGAUCAUUUGCAAUUUAAAGAAUCGAGAAUAUAUAAAAUGAAGUAUGAAAGUUUGCUUAACACAUUAUUAAAUAAAAUAUACGAUUUUGUAAAUCACAUUUUAUUAGAAACCACAAAACAAGUUGUAGAUCCAGAUUUCAAAAGUCAUGUAUUACCUCAAGCACCAAACAAUACAGAGGCUUCAGUGAAUUCAGCAUUCUCAUUAUAUUAUGGCAAGUUUCAAAGUAUUUCAACUAAAGUUAAAUUUAUUUUGAGCAACCUAGAAGAUCGAGAAGAUAGAAAUGAUCAAUAUAAAAAUAUAAUAAACGAUUGUCAAAAAACAUACCUUACGCAGAGGUUACCCAUUUUAAGCAUGGCAGUAUCUAAGGCUCUAACUGAACUCAAGGAUAAUCACAAAAGUGACCAUAGUGUUUUAUUUAGGUCUUGUUCUUUAUUUACAAUGAAAGUGUGUCAGGACGAAGCUAGAUGUUAUAACUACUUUUUUAGCAGAACGUCUAGUCAACUUAAUGACUAUUUGGGGUCCCUUUGUCAACAUUUAUAUGACACCUUAAGACCUAGUCUCAUCUCGAUAAAUCAUAUAGAAGUAUUAAGUGAGCUAUGUGGGAUUUUGAAAGGUGAAAUGCUCGGUGAGAAAGUAGUUUCUAAUGAUCAGCUUUCUAAAUAUGUCGAAGUAAUAAAACAAUUGUUGCAAGACGUAGAAGAAAGAUUAGUAUUUAGAGUGAAUGUGUUUUUCCAACAUGAUCUAAAUGGAUAUAAGCCUUCGCCUGGCGAUCUCGCUUACCCAGAUAAAUUGGUACAAAUGGAAAAUAUUGCAUUAGAAAUAAAAGAGCAGAGACCGGAGUCUAGAAGUUCCGCCAUUUCUGUCGACUCGCAAGAAGUAGCUCAAAUUAACACUGCCCAGAUAACUCAUUUUCGUUCAUAUACAGGCAACUCGCCUGCAGAUCUUCAUGGAAUGUGGUAUCCUACCGUGAAGCGAACACUUGUGUGUUUGUCAAGGCUUUAUUUCUGCCUAGAUCGUGACACAUUUCAAGGAUUGGCUCAAGAGGCACUAGUUAUUUGUGCAAAAACUGUGCAGAGUGCAUCUGAUCUGAUAUCUACUAAAAAAACUCCUAUAGAUGGGCUACUGUUUCAAAUAAAACAUUUAUUAAUAAUUCGGGAGCAAAUUGCCCCGUUUCAAGUCGACUUUACUGUCAAAGAAAUGGCAUUAGAUUUUAGUACUGUACAAAAAGCUGCUAUUGAUUUAAUUCAUCACAGAAAUAAUAUAUUUACUUUUGGAUCAAAUAAUGCAUUACUGGAAUUUCUGCUAGAAGGAACUCCUAAAGUGAAAGAAUAUUUAAUCGACUCCCGUAAGGAAAUUGACAAACAACUUAAACAUUCCUGUGAGGCAUUUAUUUUGCACGUUACUCAACUACUAAUAGGUAAUAUUAGUAACUGGAUUCAAAAAGCAGAACAUAUUUUGAAAAUUAUUCAGGCAGAAAAUUCUGUUUCUCAAGAACUUACCGUAUCAGGACAAGAUUUUGGGAAACCCAACGUUGUGGCAGACAUCAUACAGGAAGCGCAAAAAAAUAUUAAAGUUAAAUUACCAGAAGUUCAGCGAUCCAUGCAACUUUAUUUAGCUAACAGAGAAACUGAAUUUAUCUUAUUUCGACCUAUUAAGAAUAAUAUCAUAAACUUGUUUAUGCAGUUGGAUCAAAUUCUUAUUAAAGGUUACAGCGUUGAGGAUCAAUUACUUAUAGCAUGUCCAUCGCCAGAACAAGUCAAUAUUCUAGUAUGUUCUGUCUCAUUGACUAGUCGGCAAGAUAACGUAAGAACUACCAUAUAAAACAAUAGACAAAAUACUUAUAUUUUCCGAUUUGUUACGUUUCUCUAAUAUACAGGGUGAUUUUAAAGUUGAGACAUUUAAACAGAAAAAUAAUGCUACAAAAAACUCGCCCUGUAUUGUUUGACGAAAUCUUUAUUUAACUGGAAAUUAAGAAUACAUAAAACUAAAGCAAAUCAUAAUUGUGCCCUCUGUCGGGGACGUAUUUUCCUAAGGGGGUGAUUGCCCAGGCUGUUGCAGAGUAUUUCUGGGUUUUUUCCUGAUAUUUUACAUUUAAUAACAGGUACUGGGGCUUAUGUUCGCCCAGGGCAGAUAAUUUAAUUAAUAAUAAUAAUAAUAGUAAGUCGAAAGUUGAUAAUAAUGACAUUCGAUUUGAACUAAAAUGUGUAAAUUCAAAUAAAAAUUUAUACAGGGUGUCCCAGAAUAUGUGGGCAAUCCCUCGGAUUUAUACAGGACAUUAAAAAUAAUUAAAUUACACAAAGUAUUUUGUUAUUAAAAAAAAUGAUUUUUAGGGGUGUUCUUUACCUGUAUCUCCAUAGGAAGGACAAUUUUUAUAGGAACUUGUCAUGUUAUUUUAACAUCCCCUGUAUAAAUCCAAGAGAUUACCCACAUGCUGGGACAUCCUGUAUAAGGAGUUUUUAGCGAAAUUAUACAGUUGGCAUUUGGUUACAUAAACUGUAAUUUGUAACGAUUGAUUAGAUUUUACAAUACGUGUAAAAUUAAUAAUGUACAAGCAAGUAAAAACGUGAUUUUUUUUGUAUUGGCUAAAGGUUUGGAAAUUUCUUGGAAAAGUUACUUAAAAAAUAGUUUAUCUUGUUUAGUUCUACACACUGUUAUAAAAAAUGCCUCAACAUAGAAAUCCUCAAUAUUUAUACCAAAAAUUAAUUUAUAAUUAUUUACGGUUUUAAUAAAAGUUUUUGGGACA